AAGGAGGUCAGGUCAUGAUUGGGUGAGGUGUCUGUGGACAGAAAUUGUGCUAAAGAAGAACAGUUCCUAUUUUUUCUGUUUGUGCGCGGAGUCAUCUACAAGAGGUCGUCGAUACAUGAAUCUGAAAUCUAAGUCAUCUCCAAGCAUGGAUGAUUUGGGCUCGAUUUUCACUGAUGAGGAGUUGAGCCUCCUGAACAUCACUGAAUGGGAAUUUGUCGAGCCUGAGGACCUUGGUCCUGUGCUGGGGCCCCGUCACCUGUCCGCCCUGGUGUUCUAUAGCUUGGUCUUCCUGCUGGGAGUCCCAGGCAACGCUCUGGUGGUGUGGGUGACGGGCUUCCGCAUGCCACGCUCAGUCACCUCUCUGUGGUUCCUCAACCUGGCCCUGGCUGACCUGCUGUGCUGCCUGUCCCUGCCCCUCCUCAUGGUGCCCUUGGCCAUGGACCAGCACUGGCCGUUUGGCCCCGUGGCCUGCAAGCUGCUCAAGGGACUCAUCUACCUGGUCAUGUAUUGUAGCGUGCUGCUGCUAGUACUUAUCAGCCUGGACCGCUGGCUGCUGGUCAGCUUGCCCGUGUGGUGCCAGAACUGGAGGAGGCCACACAAGGCCGCCUGGGUAUGUGUCGGGUUGUGGCUCCUGGCCCUGCUGGGCAGCAUCCCCCAGUUUGUCUACGUGAAGGAGGUCCAGCUAAGCACCAGUAAAUCAGAGUGCCUGGGAUCUCACACUAUAGUUAGCGCCUGGACUAUCACUACAGUACGCUUCCUGUUGGGUUUUGUGAUGCCAUUCAUCACCAUCGUGGCGUGUCAUUGGGUUGUGUAUAGCAGGGCCGGGCGGGGGUCUGGGAGGGUGAGUGAGGUGCGCUCCAGACGCACCUUGAGGGUCAUUUUUGCUGUGUUGCUGAGCUUCUUCCUGUGCUGGGUUCCACUGCACAUAUUGGAUUUCCUGAUCCUAUUGACCCCCCGGCACUCAUCGCACAGCGCCAACAUACAGCUGGCCCACACCCUGGCCCUCUGUCUUGCCUACUGUAACAGCUGCCUCAACCCUCUGAUCUAUGUGUGUCUGGGACGAGGCUUUAAGCAGAGUAUUAAUCGUUCCCUGCGCAGUAUGUUCAACUUCGCCACCGAGGAGCCGCUACCCAGAAAGAGCAUGUCCAAGAGCACAUCAGAAAGAACCCAGGAGAUGAAUAUAAUGUAAAGUUCUCUCUCUGUGUGUGUGUGUGUGUGUAAACCAUGAGAACCUGCUGAGUCAGAGUGUUUUGUGACAUUAAAAAGUGCUGAGAGACGUGAUUCGAAUCCAGUGUUGUUUAACAGAACAGGAACUUCUGCCCUCUCUGCAAUAUAUUUGCGUCAGCAAUCACACUUGUGCAAUUACAUUUGGCUUUAUCUGUAUUUAAGGGCUCUAUUCAAUAAGAUCCGCUUUAGCUGACAUCCCCAAUAAGGUUGUUUUGAUGGUGUGAGAGGUGGAACUGCGUUAGAGCUGUCACACCAGUGCCAUGAUUACUGUAUAUAUGUGAUAACCUUUGUAUGCUUGCAAUGCGUAAUGAUGGAAAAGUACUGGGUAAAUGGAGAGUACUGGGUAAAUACUUCUCAGGCUGAGAAUUGUCUGCACCUGCUGAUAGUCACACAGGCUCAAGGCCGAGAUAGUAGAGUGAAAACCCACAGUGUAGACAUGUUUUUCUCAUCUUAGAUGCUUUGUAUCUAAUCCAAUGCAACAAUGUUAACUGCUUAGUGAUCCCUUCACGCACCAAUCCCGUUACCUUCUUGGUGACGGGACAGUAUUUUCACAUCCCGGAUGAAAUGCAUGCCCAAAUUCAACUGCCUGCUACUCAUCCCCAGAAGAUAAGAUAUGCAUAUUAUUAGUAGAUCUGGAUAGAAAACACUCUGAAGAUUCUAAAACUGUUUGAAUCAUGUCUGUGAGUAUAGCAGAACUUAUUUAGCAGGCGUAACCCUGAGGACAAACCAUUCAGAUUUUCUUUUUUAGGUCACUCUCUUUUCAAUGGGACUUCAUUGGGAAUCCAGAUUUCUAAGGGACCUUCUUGCAGUUCCUAUCGCGUCCACUGGAUGUCACCAGUCUUUAGAAAUUGGUUGAGGUUUUUCCUUUGUGUAAUGAAGAAGUACGGCAAUCUUGAACGAGGGUCACUUGAAGUGUACUGUUAGUGUGACGGCUUUCUUUAGGUGAAAGAGAGUCGGACCAAAAUGCGGCGUGGCUAUUGAGAUUCAUGUUUAAUAAAACAAGGAACACGAAUCAAUACAAAAACAAGAAACGUAACAUGAAAACCGAAACAGCCUAUACUGGUGCAAAGUAACACAGACACAGAAACAAGGACAAUCACCCACGACACACUCAAAGACGAUGGCUGCCUAAAUAUGGUUCCCAAUCAGAGACAACGAUAAACACCUGCCUCUGAUUGAGAGCCACUUCAGACAGCCAUAGACCUUGCUAGCAAACCCCACUAAGCCACAAUCCCAAUACCUAUGAAAAACCCCAAGACAAAACACACCACAGACCAAAACCCAUGUCACACCCUGGCCUGACCAAAUAAAUAAAGAAAACACAAAAUACUAAGACCAGGGCGUGAUAGUUAGAUAGAGGCGCGUGACCAGAAAGCUAGCUACAGUUUGUUUUCCUCCUGUAUUGAACACUGAUCUUCCCGUCUUCAAUUUGACCUAUUAUUUACGUAAAAAAAUACCUAAAGUUGUAUUACAAAAGAAGUUUGAAAUGUUUUGGCAAAGUUUACAGGUAACUUUUGAGAUAUUUUGUAGACACAUUGUGUAAGUUGGAACCGGUGUUUUUCUGGAUCAAAUGCGCCAAAUAAAUGGACAUUUUGGAUAUAUAUCAACAGAAUUAAUUGAACAAAAGGACCAUUUGUGAUGUUUAUGGGACAUAUUGGAGUGCCAACAAAAGAUGCUUCUCGAAGGUAAGGCAUGAAUUAUAAUUGUAUUUCUGGGUUUUGUGUCGCGCCUGCAGGGUUGACAUAUGCUUCUCUCUCUUUGUUUACUAUGGUGCUAUCCUCAGAUAAUAACAUCGUUUGCUUUCGCCGAAAAGCCUUUUUGAAAUCUGACAUGUUGGCUGGAUUCACAAAAAGUGUAGCUUUAAUUUGCUAUCUUGCAUGUGUGAUUUCAUGCAAGUUUGAUUUCUAUAGUAAUUUAUUUUAAUUUGGCGCUUUGCAUUUUCUCUGGCUUUUGGCCAGACGCUACCGUCCCACAUAUCCCAGAGAGGUUAACGGGAUUGAUUUGACAACACCCAGUGAAAUAGCAGCGUGCCAAAUUCAAAAACAGAAAUACUCAUAAUAAUAAUUCAGAAAUCAUACAAGUGUUAUACAUCAGUUUAAAGAUGAACUUCUUGUUAAUCCAGCCACAGUGUCAGAUUUCAAAAAGCCUUCAUGGCAAAAGCAAACCAUGCGAUUAUCUAAGGACAGCGCCCGGCAUACCAACACAUGAAAAUCAUAUUUCAACACGCCAGGCGCGACACAAAAGUCAGAAAUAACGAUACAAGUCAUGCCUUACCUUUGAAGAUCUUCUUCUGUUGGCACUCCAAUAUGUCCAUUAAACAUCACAAAUGGUCCUUUUGUUCGAUAAACUCUGUCGUUAUAUCCCCAAAAUUUCCAUGUAUUUGGUGCUCUUGAUUCAGAAAAUACACCGGUUCCAACUAGCGCAACAUGACUACAAAGUAUCUAAUCAGUUACCUGUAAAGUUGAUCCAAACAUUUCAAACAACUUUCCUAAUACAAUUUUGGGUAUUUUUAAACGUAAAUAAUCUAUCAAAUUUAAGACGGAAUAAACCGUGUUCAAUAGCGGAUAAAGUGAAAGUGGAGCAAGCUUUCAGGUCGUGCGCCCCAAACACAACAGUACACUUGGCUCGACUCCCAGAAAGGAAAUAGCUACUUCUUCAUUUCUCAAAGGAAAAACAUCAACCAAUUUCUAAAGACUGUUGACAUCUAGUGGAAGCCAUAAGAACUGCAACCAGGUCCCUCAUAAAUCUAGUUCCCCAUAGAAAACCAAUUGAAAAGAGAGUGACCUCAAAAAUAAAAUUCCUGGAUGGUUUGUCCUCGGGGUUUCGCCUGCCAAAUAAGUUCUGUUAUACUCACAUACAUAAUUUUAACAGUUUUAGAAACGUUAGAGUGUUGUCUAUCCAAAUCCACCAUUAUAUGCAUAUCCUAACUUCUGAGCCUGAGUAGCAGGCAGUUUACUUUGUGCACACUUUUCAUCCGGACGUGAAAAUAGUGCCCCCUUGCCUUAAUUAAGAUAUGAUUGACGGUAGGUUGUAUAAAGACUGUUGUCUCCUGUUUCGCCAUACAAAUCUUUACUAUGGACUACUGAGGUACUCUGUAUGUAUGUAUCUGUCUGCAAAUGCAUUGUAUUACUAAAGAGUUUUAUACCAAGGUUCCUGUGACGGUGUCAUCUAUCUGGAAGACUGAUUGUUGAAGGAAAUCACCCCAUGCAAAGGACCACCCAACAAGAUCUUAGUUUGGAUUUUAGUUCAUUGUCAUAUGUCCUUUUGACAAAUAUGUCAUGUUUCAGCCCUUAGAUAAUAAGAACUCUUAAUGAGCGUACCACAACAUGAAUUGUGUCCCCCCAAAAAUAUAAGAAAUAAAAUAAAUAAUACUGAUCUUGUAAAUAAAUGUAUUUGUGUUGAAAUAAACGUUUGUAUGAAAUCAAGUUGCUCUUUAAAAUGCUUUUUUGGUGUCUUAUUAUCCCCACAUCCAAGUCUUCUUCCUCUCCACCACUACUGUGUUAAACUCUCUCAGAUAUCAUCUGUGGUAAUGACUAGGGUGGCUGGAGUCUUUGGCAAUUUUUACGGCCUUCCUCUGACACCGCCUGUAUAGAGGUCCUGAAUGGCAGGAAGCUUGGCCCCAGUGAUGUACUGGGCCUUCCACACUAUCCUCUGUAGGCAGAGCAGUUGCCAUACCAGGCGGUGAUGCAACCAGUCAGGAUGAUCUUGAUGGUGCAGUUGUAUAACUUUUUGAGGAUCAGAGGACCCAUGCCAAGUCUUUUCAGUCUCCUGAGGGGGAAUAGGCAUUGUAAUGCUCUCUUCACGACUGUCUUGGUGUGUUUGGACCAUUAUAGUUUGUUGGUGACAACAAGGAAGCUCUCAACCUGCUCUACUACAGCCCCGUUGAUGAGAAUGGGGGCGUACUUGGCCCUCCUUUUCCUGUAGUCCAUGAUCAUUACCUUUGACUUGAUUAUGUUGAGAGAGAGGUUGUUGUCCUGGCACCACACUGCCAGGUCUCUGACCUCCCUAUAGGCUGUCUCAUCGUUGUAGAUGAUCAGGCCUACCACCGUUGUGUUGUCGGCAAAAACGUAAUGAUGGUGUUGGAGUCGUGCUUGGCAACGCAGUUAUGGGUGAACAGGGAGUACAGGAGGGGACUAAGCAUGCACCCCUGAGGGGCCCCUGUGUUGAGGAUAAGAGUGGCAGAUGUGUUGUUAACUACCCUUACCACCUGGGUGCGGCCCGUCAGAAAGUCCAGGAUCCCGUUGCAGAGGCAGCUGUUUAGUCCCAUGGUCCUUAGCUUAUUGAUUAGCUUUGAGGGCACAAUGGUGUUGAAUGCUGAGCUGUAGUCAAUGAACAGCAUUCUCACAUAGGUGUUCCUUUUGUCCAGGUGGGAAAGGGCAGUGUGGAGUGCAAUAGAGAUUGUGUCAUCUGUGGAUCUGUUGGGGCGGUAUGCAAAUUGGAGUGGGUUAUUUAAGCAGGUUACCUUGGUGUUCUUAAGCAUAUGGAUUAUGAUGGUCCGCUUGAAACAUGUAGGUAUUACAGACUAUGCCAAGGACAGGUUGAAAAUGUCAGUGAAGAUACCCAUGUGAGAGACGCAGACUCAGUCUCAACCUUUAAGUCUUCACUGAAGACUCAUCUCUUCUAGUCUAAAGAAGGCCAGUUGUAUUGCUUCUUUAAUCAGUACAACAGUUUUCAGCUGUGCUAGCAUAAUUGCAAAAGGGUUUUCUAAUGAUCAAUUAGCUAAUCCAAGUCUAUCAUUUUAAAAGACUAAUACAACGUGCCAUUGGAACACAGGAGUAAUAGUUGCUGAUAAUGGGCCUAUGUAGAUAUUCCAUUAGCAAUCAGUCGUUUCCAGCUACAAUAGUCAUUUAAAACAUUAACAAAGUCUACACUGUAUUUCUGAUCAAUUUAUGUUAUUUUAAUGGAAAGAAAAUGUGCUUUUCUUUCAAAAACAAUGGAAUUUCUAAGUGACCCCUAACUUUUGAAUGGUAGUGUACAUUUUUGUCUUCUAAUGCCUCUUAAGGGGGAAGUAAUCUAAAAGUAACUGCAUGUAAUCAGAUUAGGUUACUGAGUUUGGGUAAUCCAAAAGUUACAUUACUGAUUACAAUUUUGGAUAGAUAACUUGUAACUGUAACGGAUUACAUUUAGAAAGUAAGCUACCCAACCCUGUCACAGAUACACAGCGUUCCAGUUCUGGCAUAGGAAUGGCCUGGUGUUUUUCAGUGACCUCUUUGUUAAUAACACGUGUCUCAUUUGAAACUCUGAGUGUUGACUAUAAUAUUCCCAAUACACACUUUUUUAGGUAUUUCUAAAAUCGCGACUUACCUAAAAAAAUAUUCCCCUUCAUUUCCGCUCCUGCCUUUUUAAAGUGUCUAGUUGAGAGGUGCUUAGACCUUAACCCCUAUCUGAAGAGCACAAUAUCCAGGUUAUACAACAUGAUACAGAACAUUAACUUGCCUUCCUGGGCAAAUACCAAGUCUGCAUGGAACAAGACAUGGGUGGCGAGCUACCCGAUGACAUUAUGGCAACGUAGUAUAGAGCGAUUUCACAUCUCAUCAGUUUGCUAAGGCACGGUCUCAUUCAGUUCAAGUCUUACACCGUCUCCAUUACUCAAAUUACAGACUGUUAAAAAUAUAUCCAAAUGCCGACCUAAAGUUUUUGAGAUCCUAUCAGAGUUCAGCAACUGUGGGGCAUAUGUUUUGGUCAUGCCAAUCUCUGAGGGGGUAUUGAGACCCCAUAUUUGAUGUAUUUUCAUAUCUAUGUAACAUCUGUUGACCCCAAUCCGUUCACUGCUAUUUUUGGUAUACCACCUUUGGAUUGUACUUUUACCACACAGCAGAUGAAUGCAGUAGCAUUUGCUACACUUCUAGCUUGCAGUCUUACCCUCUUUUAAUUGGAGGUCGGCAAGACUUCCUUCUCUUAAGUAGUGCGUUAUGGAUGUGAUGUCAUCUCUGCCACUUGAAAUGGUUAGAUACAUUUUGUGCAGGGGUCCUGAGAGAAGUUUGUCCUGACUUGGUCCCCUUUCAGUGAACAUGUAGAGAGCCUAUUUUUCAUAGUUUAGCUCUCACAUUUCAGUAUAGGCAGUCAGGUCCUGUGUAAGUGGCUGCGAUUUGUUAAUAGGAAUCCACUGUUACUAUCAUACCUGAUUUAUCUUUGUUAUAUUUACUAUUAUGUUCUCUGUUGCCUUGUUGUCUCCAGCCAUUGUAUAGACUGGAUUCUCCUGGUCCUGGGGGCCCAGAGGGUGCAAGUCUUUGUACUUGCCCAAGUGAUGGAACACUUGAUUCAAUUUACCAACUCAUUACCAAACUUGUGACUGGAGUCGAGCGAGUUGAAUGUGGGGGCAGGGAUGUGUGCCCCCUCGGGUCCCCGGGGCCAGGACUGGGGGACGCUGUCGUGGGCCAGAUGGUGUUUGAGCUGCUAGUGGAGAAUGGCUGUAAUUUUUUUCAUUAUAGGCAGUUAUGUCAUAUGUCAGAGGCUACGGUGUGCAGAUAGGAUUCCACUGUUAUUGUGACACCCAUUGUAUUUUAUUUUCUCUUUUGUGUUAUUUAAUGUUUUGUAUUAUUAUAUCGUUUUUUUGUAAAAUGCCUUGGUGGUUGCGAUAAAGGACUGGGGAUGUUGUAUUGAUGUCAAUGUCUCCAUGUUCUCAAAUUUGAAAAUAAAUAUGUGAUAUAGAUAUAAAAACAAAAGAUAUGUGAUUUGAAUCCAGUGUUGUGCAACAGAACUAUCUCUGUAAUAUGUUUCCAGCAGCAAUCACACUUGGCAAUUAGAUUUGGCUUUAUCUGUAUUUAAUCUGUAUUUAAAGUCUGUUUUCGAUCAGAUCCGCUUUAGCUGACAUCCACAUAGAGGUUGUUGUUUUUGCGGUGUCGGAGGUGGAACUGUGUUAGAGCUGUUAAAUCCACAAGUGGCUCCUGACAUUAUUCCUAAAGCAGAUAUUCUCUUUCACAUAUCAUCUGUGGUAAUCAAGUGUCCCUUUCUCAAUAAACCACCCCUGCAUUCC